AUGCGGAGAGGCGAGAGGGGUGGGAUGGAUGCCGGAGAGGGGUGGGUGGGAUGGAUGCGGAGGGGCCGAGGGGGUGGGAUGGAUGCAGAGAGGCCGAGGGGGUUGGGAUGGGAUGGGAUGCGGAGGGGCCGAGGGGGGGGGGAUGGAUGCGGAGGGGCCGAGGGGGUGGGAUGGAUGCAGAGAGGCCGAGGGGGUGGGAUGGAUGCGGAGGGGCCGAGGGGGUGGGAUGGAUGCGGAGAGGCCGAGAGGGUGGGAUGGAUGCGGAGGGGCCGAGAGGGUGGGAUGGAUGCAGAGAGGCCGAGGGGGUGGGAUGGAUGCGGAGAGGCCGAGAGGGUGGGAUGGAUGCGGAGGGGCCGAGGGGGUGGGAUGGAUGCAGAGAGGCUGAGGGGGUGGGAUGGAUGCGGAGAGGCCGAGAGGGUGGGAUGGAUGCAGAGAGGCCGAGGGGGUGGGAUGGAUGCGGAGGGGCCGAGGGGGUGGGAUGGAUGCAGAGAGGCUGAGGGGGUGGGAUGGAUGCGGAGAGGCCGAGAGGGUGGGAUGGAUGCAGAGAGGCUGAGGGGGUGGGAUGGAUGCAGAGAGGCCGAGAGGGUGGGAUGGAUGCAGAGAGGCUGA